GCAGUCCGUUAUCCAGACCAGAGUUCCUCAGUCUUAAUUUUUACAGCUAUGGAGUUAUUCAUCGUCCUUCUCGCUAUUGGAUUCGUCAGUGCCCAGCACGGUCAUGGAAACGGGCAUAAUUACCAGCCAGACUCCCAGACUCACAUAGACGCCGAGAUACAGGGACUGGACGCCCACUUUGGCAGACAUCAAUGUCUAGACCUCCUGUUAGUGGACUGCCAACAUCACACCAGUAGUGGAAACGAGAUGGUGUGCGGAAGUAACGGGGUUACCUACCCUGAUCAUUGUAAGUAUGUGCACGCCGCCUGCAUGUUCGAAAAUCUGAGGGUUGCUCAUACUGGUCCAUGUUCCUCCACCACCGCCGGCGCCACCAAUCCAGCUGCCACUGUAGCCACCACUGUACCUGUAGUUGGAAGUUCGGGCGCUGUCAGUCAAUCCACGAUGCCGCCGACAACCACACAGAGCCCGGAAGCCAUCGCCUUCCAAAACAUUUUCUGUAAAAAUAAAGAUUCCAUCAACUGCCCCACCGUAGUGACGCCACUGUGUGGAUCUGAUGGCGUCAUAUACAAUAGCAGCUGUCACGUGUCCAAGGCUCGUUGUGAUAACCACUCUUUACAGACUGUAGAUGGCAGUAAUUGUGGACUCUCGACUCCCGUGUCUGUGGCUCCAGUUGUCGGAUAGACUCAGUAAACUCACAAUUUAUACUCCAGAGUGGACUCAAUAAAAAGA